AUGACUCUGGAAGGUUCUGGAAGGUUCCAGGAUGACUCUGGAAGGUUCCAGAAGGUCGUUCCCUACUUGCCGGCGAUCAGGGGGUUCCUCAGGACCACGAUGACCGAGUGUGGGAUGGAUCUGGGGGGUUCUGGAAGGUUCUGGGAUGGUUCCGGGAUGGUUCCAGGAGGUUCCAGGAUGACUCUGGAAGGUUCCGGAAGGUUCCAGGAUGACUCUGGAAGGUUCCAGAAGGUCGUUCCCUACUUGCCGGCGAUCAGGGGGUUCCUCAGGACCACGAUGACCGAGUGUGGGAUGGAUCUGGGGGGUUCUGGAAGGUUCUUGGAUGGUUCUGGAAGGUUCUGGGAUGGUUCCAGGAGGUUCCGGGAUGGUUCCAGGAGGUUCUGGAAGGUUCCAGAAGGUCGUUCCCUACUUGCCGGCGAUCAGGGGGUUCCUCAGGACCACGAUGACCGAGUGUGGGAUGGAUCUGGGGGGUUCUGGAAGGUUCCAGGAGGUUCUGGAAGGUUCUGGGAUGGUUCCGGAAGGUUCUUGGAUGGUUCUGGAAGGUUCUGGGAUGGUUCCAGGAGGUUCUGGAAGGUUCUGGAAGGUUCUGGGAUGGUUCCGGAAGGUUCUUGGAUGGUUCUGGAAGGUUCUGGGAUGGUUCCAGGAGGUUCCGGGAUGGUUCCAGGAGGUUCUGGAAGGUUCUGGGAUGGUUCCAGGAUGGUUCCAGGAGGUUCUGGAAGGUUCUGGGAUGGUUCCAGGAGGUUCCAGGAUGACUCUGGAAGGUUCCAGAAGGUCGUUCCCUACUUGCCGGCGAUCAGGGGGUUCCUCAGGACCACGAUGACCGAGUGUGGGAUGGAUCUGGGGGGUUCUGGAAGGUUCUGGGAUGGUUCCGGGAUGGUUCCAGGAGGUUCCAGGAUGACUCUGGAAGGUUCCGGAAGGUUCCAGGAUGACUCUGGAAGGUUCCAGAAGGUCGUUCCCUACUUGCCGGCGAUCAGGGGGUUCCUCAGGACCACGAUGACCGAGUGUGGGAUGGAUCUGGGGGGUUCUGGAAGGUUCCAGGAGGUUCUGGAAGGUUCCAGGAGGUUCCAGGAUGACUCUGGAAGGUUCCAGGAGGUUCUGGGAUGGUUCCGGAAAGUUCUUGGAUGGUUCUGGAAGGUUCUGGGAUGGUUCCAGGAGGUUCUGGAAGGUUCUGGGAUGGUUCCAGGAGGUUCCGGGAUGGUUCCAGGAGGUUCUGGAAGGUUCUGGGAUGGUUCCAGGAGGUUCCAGGAUGACUCUGGAAGGUUCCAGAAGGUCGUUCCCUACUUGCCGGCGAUCAGGGGGUUCCUCAGGACCACGAUGACCGAGUGUGGGAUGGAUCUGGGGGGUUCUGGAAGGUUCUGGGAUGGUUCCAGGAGGUUCCGGGAUGGUUCCAGGAGGUUCUGGAAGGUUCCAGAAGGUCGUUCCCUACUUGCCGGCGAUCAGGGGGUUCCUCAGGACCACGAUGACCGAGUGUGGGAUGGAUCUGGGGGGUUCUGGAAGGUUCUGGGAUGGUUCCGGGAUGGUUCCAGGAGGUUCCAGGAUGACUCUGGAAGGUUCCGGAAGGUUCCAGGAUGA